GACAAAUGCCCAUAUCUUCUUCCAUUGGUUAUGUUUGUUCCCACAACUCUCCUUUUUUUGUAACACUAGGUCGGCUUCUAUUAUAUUCAUGUCUUCCACUUUAUAAUUUUUUUAUGUUUUCAAGUAUUAUAUAAGUCCCUAACCACAUAAACUUCUCUUACUACUUCCUCCAAUUUCAACUCUUCUAAAAAGAAAAGAAAAAAGAGUAAGAAAAAAAAAAAAAGAAGAUGAUGAAGUUGAAAUCAAAGAGGUUUUGUAGAAGCCUAUCAAAGCUUGGAAACAUUGGAAAUAAAGUAGUAGCACCAUCUCCAAUUGAAGUUGAAAAGGAGUGUAGUGAAAUCAAAUGGGAACUUAGGCCUGGUGGUAUGCUUGUGCAAAAAAGAGAGAGCAAUAAAAGUGAUGAAGAAAUGAUCACAAUUAGAGUUUCAACAAUGUCAAAGUGGCAUGAUAUUUCCAUUGAAGCCACUUCAACUUUUGGAGAUUUGAAGUUGGCUUUGUCAUUGGUAACAAGUUUGGAGCCAAAAGAACAAAGGCUUAUCUACAAAGGUAAAGAGAGGGAUGACAAUGAAUUUCUUCACAUGAUUGGUGUUAGGGACAAAGAUAAGGUUCUUCUUCUUGAAGAUCCAGCUAUUAAGGAAAUGAAGCUAUUUGGUUUGGCAAGAGGAGAGUCUAUAAACAAUCCUUGUUGCACAAUUAGUGUGUAAUAUAACUCAUCUGAUUUUGGUUGCACCAUCGUUUAUGUAACAAAUGUGUGAUCGUUCUAACCGUAGUGAAUUCAAAUUUAAGAUAUAUUGAAAUUAAUUUCUAAAACUCAUAAUUAAUUAGUACUACUAACAAGAAAAAGAAAAAAGUGAAGUUAACUUUAAUGAAUUGGAAUGUAAUGAUUGGUCCUUCUUCACUUUUUUUAAUUUCUUAGUAUAGAGGAACAUAAUAAUGUACUCAUCUUGUUGUUGGACCUUUGUUUGAAUUGAAAAUGUAUAAGCGGAUGUAAUGCCAUGUUAUGUGUUCUAAUCUAUAUUAAUUGUCUUGCUGCUUCCUUU